AUGCCCGGCCAGGGCCCGGGCCCCGACUGGACGGAGGGCCGCCCUUCCGCAGAGCCGGCCGCCCAGGCCGCGGGCGAGGGCGGCGGCGGAUUACUUGGACAUUCUUAUUACCAGAAUUAUAAAGGUACUGAUAGAAUCAAAGAUGAACACAAAGUGAACUUUCAUAUUGCCAAGUUGCAAGAGUUAUGGAAAACUUCUCAAAUUCAAACAAUUCACAUCCCUAAAUCAAUGACGGACAUGUCCUUUCUAGAGCAUCCAGACCUCACCACAGGCCAGAAGCAUUAUCUGUGCAGCUUUGCUAAGAUCUAUAAUGCGAACUAUCUGAGGAUGUUAAUGAAGAGACAGUACAUGCACGUGAUCCAGCACAGCUCACAAAAGCCAGGUGUCCUCACUCACAGGAGCCAUCUCAGCUCUCGUUACUCACAGAAGCAGCAUUAUCCCUGUACUACAUGGCGACAUCAACUGGAGAGAGAGGACUCUGAGCCUUCUAACAUGGCAGCUGCAUCAGCACCUGAAAUGAUCAGACAACAUUCCCUUUGGAGUCCAGUGAGAAACAAAGAAAGUUUAAAAACUGGACAUGCAUCUAAGACAAGAUGUAAGUCACUGAAGAUUUUUAGAAAACCAGACAGAAUGUUCAUGCAAUCAGUUUCUACAAAUGAUUCUGAGCCAUACAUGAAUGAAGAAAAAAAGGAGGACAAUUUACUAAAUAAGUCUAUGCAAUCAAUGUCAAUUGAAGAAAAUGGAGAACAUCUAAUGUUAACUUGACAGUCUUAUUUUGUGUAUUAAUGAUGUGCCAAAGGUGGGGGGAAGGGGCUGUGAAUUGUAUCCUCUCUCCACAUUUAGGAUAGUAUUGUUUUCAUUAAGUCGCUAAGUAAUUUUGGUUUGUUCAGAAACUUUUACAAUAGUGUAGUAGGUUUGAUGUAGUAGGUUUGAUGUACCAUAUUUGUGUAAUAAAAUUUGUGUGUUUUAUUUCUAGUAGAUACAAUUAAAAUUUUUGUCACUUAAAAUUGAAUUAUUUUUAAGUCUGACAAAUACAUCAUAUAAUUCUUUCCUGUUUACAGUAAGUCCCAGAACAGCAAUAUUAGAAUAUCCUACAAGUAUUUCCUUGGUAGGGCUGAAGAAAACUGAAAUAUUCGGAUACUGAAUAGCAUUUGGUAGAGCUAACACUCAGGCUUGCAAAGUAGGUGCUCGCUGCUUGAACAGAGCUUAAAAGUAGAAAUACCAAUUUGCCUUGUUUUAUGAAAAUUUCCACACAAACACUUAAGACACUCAAAUUAGAUUGAGUUGGGAAUUUUUGUACUGAGAGGAUUCUUUAUAUAUUCACUUUAGUGUGUUUCCCUUCUAAAUACAUCAGUGUUUUAAAAACAUUUUUUGUUCAACUUGAAAAAUAGGAAUGGGCGAUUUAACACAACAGCCUGAAGAGUCAUUACUGAUUUAACAUGUCUAUACAGAGUAUUAUCUAAAAAAUGAGUACAACAUUAUGACUCAGAAUGCUGUUAAGUAAUGAGAGCUUUGAAAGCUCACCUCAUCUACCUCAUCCCCUUAAUAUGUGUCCAGUUUCACUUGGUUUCUUACUUUUAUGGUUUGUAAAAAAAGUUUAUCAAGAAAGUAUAAAUGAAAGGUAACUUUAUUAUUGGAGAAGAGAAAAAUGUAUACAAGAAGGUCUAGAAUCUUUCUCCCCAUGCACUACUUUUGUAAUAAAGUCCCAAGUAUCAACUUUGAAGAUAUUUACAAGGAUAAAUUUUUCAUAACACGUGACCAUUACUGUGUGGUGGACAUCUUUUCAUAGAAAUCAUAUACAUAAACUAAAUAUAUUCUUAUAGUUUACAAGAAGCUUAGAGCACUGUAUUAACAGAAGAUGAUAUAUUUUACUGCAAAAUAUUAUAAAAGUGAUACAAUUUUGUGGCUCUUAAAUGUUUAAUUACUUGAUUUGAACAGGGGAAUGAAAAAAAAAAAAAAAAACAACAAAAAUCAU